UCUCACUGAAAGAGGCAGAUGCUUUAGGGAAGAAUUUUCAUAUUCUGUUUGGAUAAUUGAGAAAAAAUAAAAAAAUAUUGGCGAUUAAUUGAAAUGGUUCAGUCGAUGAAUUCGGGGAAAAAUUCGGCUGCUGUGAAGUUAGAGCUAGACGACUCGUUGGCGGACCAGCUCGGUCCACUUCACAAACGAUCCAAACUCAAACAAGAAUGCGAAUUGAAAACGUCACCGUUUUUUAUCCCGCCUUCGAUGUACAAUCCACUAGAAGAGCCGAGUCCGUUGGGCUUAAAUCUGAAGAAGAGUCCGUCGUUUCUGGAUUUGAUUCAAACGAAACUUUCUGAAGAAAACGCUAAUUUGAGGAAGCGAAAGUGUAAAGGAAGUGUUGUUUCAGCUUCCAAUGAUAAGCUGAAGGCUUCUAAUUUUCCAGCUUCGCUUCUCAGAAUCGGAACUUGGGAGUAUAAGUCGAGGUAUGAAGGGGACUUGGUGGGGAAAUGUUACUUUGCUAAGCAUAAGCUAGUGUGGGAAGUGCUUGAUGGUGGUUUGAAGAACAAGAUUGAAAUUCAGUGGUCAGAUAUUGUGGCGAUCAAGGCUACUUAUUCUGAUGAAGGACCCGAGACCCUGGAUGUUGUGCUGGCUAGACAGCCCCUUUUCUUUAGGGAGACAAAUCCGCAACCGAGGAAGCAUACUUUAUGGCAGUCAACAUCAGAUUUUACUGGUGGACAAGCAAGCAUUCACAGACAGCAUUUUCUGAUGUGCCCACAAGGCUUUCUCGUAAAGCACUUUGAGAAGCUCAUACACUGCGAUCCUCGUCUCAAUUUCCUGAGUCAACAGCCAGAAAUUGUGUUAGAUUCUCCAUUUUUUGAACCUAGAACUGCAGCCUUUGAUGAAGCAGAUGUUUCCAGCCAUUUGAAGAGGGAGGAACGACCUGUUUUAUUUAAUUUGCUGGAUGAGGCAUCACCAUCUGGUGCUCAGUCAUCAUCCUCUAAUGUUGAACCACAAGAUUUCAUAAAUCGUUCACCUAGUUCAGUAAUAGACACUUCUGCAACUGGCGAAAUCAGAAGCAGUGGAGCUGAGGAGCCAAAGGUGCUUAGCCAUUGGGACCAGAUCAAAGUUCCUGGACUUCACUCAUCUAUGUCUAUGAGUGAUCUGGUGAAUCACAUUGGGCAGUGCAUUUCAGAGCAAAGGACAUCUGGUGGUUCCUUAAAUUUUGGUGAUGACCUAAAGGGAAGAGACGUUCUAGAGGAGAUUUCUCAAUACCUGUUUAGUGACAUUCAACUUACAUCAGCCUCUGAUGAGAAGUCUCUAAUGUCAAGGGUCAAUUCACUUUGCUGCCUUCUGCAGAAAGAUUCUACAGCAACACAAAACUUGCAGGACAAGAAUAGUGAAGGUGUUGGCACAAACAGCAUCACGAAAUUAUCUGAAACCGACUUAGGAUUUGCCUCAGCCUGUGAAAACAAGGGUGGGGAAGAUUCUUGUGCAUCAGAGGGAAAGUCAAGCAAUCUUUUUAGCUGCAAGCAGCAACCGGCCAUGUUGAGAAAGGACUCAGUUGCAGAACUGCUGCACAGUCUUCCAAGGAUCGCAUCUUUCCCACAAUUUUUGUUCAGCUUCUGUGAAGAUUCUAAUAAAGACAGAUAGUGUGAUCAUCAUCUACUUCCCCCAACUACACCCUGCUCAAAGGUACUCUUCAUUAUACAUAUGUGAAUAUGAUACUUGCGAGUUGUUUAACAAUCUUGUAUUAGUUUGGGGAUUUAGAAGUGUAGAUUGAUGUACUCCUCACAUGUUCAUUAGUGAAUCCAGUGUUUGUAUUACGUUUUAGAUUUCAUCUGUAAGUAUUACCAUAAAAUCCUUCUUGUUUUGAACUCUUAAACAUAGUUUAAAGAGAGCCAUUGAUAAGUAAAUAGAAAAUUCUUCUUAUAUCACAA